CGCCCGCCCGCCGCCAUGGCCACCUCCCCGCAGAAGUCGCCGUCGGCCCCCAAGUCUCCCACUCCCAAGUCGCCCCCGUCCCGCAAGAAGGAUGACUCCUCCUUCCUGGGGAAACUCGGAGGGACCCUGGCCCGGAGGAAGAAGGCCAAGGAGGUGUCUGAGCUCCAGGAGGAAGGAAUGAACGCCAUCAACCUGCCCCUCAGUCCCAUCCCCUUCGAGCUGGACCCUGAGGACACCAUGCUGGAGGAGAAUGAGGUGCGCACAAUGGUGGAUCCAAACUCUCGCAGUGACCCCAAGCUUCAAGAGCUGAUGAAGGUACUGAUUGACUGGAUUAAUGACGUGUUGGUUGGAGAAAGAAUCAUUGUGAAAGACCUGGCCGAAGAUCUAUACGACGGUCAAGUUCUGCAGAAACUCUUCGAGAAACUUGAAAGUGAGAAGUUAAAUGUGGCCGAGGUCACCCAGUCAGAGAUUGCCCAGAAGCAAAAACUGCAGACUGUCCUGGAGAAGAUCAAUGAGACCCUGAAACUUCCUCCCAGGAGCAUCAAGUGGAACGUGGACUCCGUUCACGCCAAGAGCCUGGUGGCCAUCCUCCACCUGCUGGUCGCUCUGUCUCAGCAUUUCCGGGCACCAGUCCGACUCCCAGACCAUGUUUCCAUUCAAGUGGUCGUGGUCCAGAAACGAGAAGGAAUCCUCCAGUCUCGACAAAUCCAAGAGGAAAUAACUGGUAACACAGAGGCUCUCUCCGGAAGACAUGAACGCGAUGCCUUUGACACCCUGUUUGACCAUGCACCAGACAAACUGAAUGUGGUGAAGAAGACUCUCAUCACUUUUGUGAACAAACAUCUGAAUAAACUGAACCUGGAGGUCACUGAACUGGAGACCCAGUUUGCAGAUGGGGUCUACCUGGUGCUGCUCAUGGGACUCCUGGAAGGCUACUUUGUACCACUACACAGUUUCUUCCUGACCCCAGACAGCUUCGAGCAGAAGGUCUUGAAUGUCUCCUUUGCGUUUGAGCUCAUGCAAGAUGGAGGACUGGAGAAGCCCAAGCCCCGGCCAGAAGACAUUGUCAACUGUGACCUGAAGUCCACAUUGCGAGUGCUAUACAACCUCUUUACCAAGUACCGGAACGUGGAGUGAAGGCCCUGGGUCACCACCCGCCGCACUGCCCAGCCACGCUUGCCGCGGGGCACCAGGGUAGCCCCAGAACUGCUUUGGCCCUGCUUGUUCCUGUCUCUGCUCUCUGUCACAAGCCCAGCGAUGGCCCCGGGGAUGGCGGCCGUUGAAAUCAGGAAGGAAGUGACCAAUAACCCAGCGGUCUGACCACACGCUCCCAGGCCCUGCAGUGGCCCUGGAAAGUUGCCCCCAUCCCAGUGCAGUGCCCAGAUUUCCCUCCCUGCGGUGUGGGAAUCACCAUCGGUGUGGAACACUCCCCAGAACAUGGAGACAACCAAGGUCACCACCGACGGGUAGACACCAUGCCAACGUCGUCGACACACAGGGCUCGCUCUGUGGUACUCAAAUUUCAUGAGCCCUCAGAACCCCGCUCAAGUAGAUGUCAUUACCCCGUUGUACAGUUGAGGAAACCGAGGCUCAGAGGUUGGGAGACUUGCUACCCGUGAGCGUUUGUGCUCCCUCUUUGAGCAACUUCUCUGUGAAUAACUGGUUGAUUGCAUUCCGUUCUGCGCUUGUUCCGAAGUGUGUGCGUGCGUGUGUGUGCGUGCAUCACUCAGGCACACCUACACGCCCGAAGCAGAGAGAAGCUCUGAUCUCACACGAGGGGAGGGCAGGCCAGGCCGGGGCUUGGUGAUUCACACUGAAAUUGCCAAAUUGAAUUUAACCCAAUUAAUACUGCGUGUGUGGCAGGAGUCAUGUCCCACAAAUCCUUUGUGCAGAUGAAAAUUACUCUUAAUUCCUUCAGAUUUGUAGCAAGCCCACGUUCUGGUUUCAGGGUGACGUUUGGGAAGCAUUCUGUUUGGAAUUAGUGGAGUGGUGCAUCUCCCAGCCUUUUCUGCUUGAUUGCAUGUAAUGGACAUGCCCUAUUUUUCCUGCAAAAGAAGUACUCAAUUCAUUAUCGUUAGGCAAAUGUACAAUAUACUCGGGCCCCACAGAGAGCUGGGUGCAGGCCCAUCAGAGCAUCGCCUGGGAAGUAGGGCUCUUCAACAGAGACCCUUGAACUUUAAAGAAAGGAACUCCUUUUUGCCUUCUAAUUGAUCAUUUAGACCAUUCUGGCUAAGUCUGCCCACAUGCAAUUACUGGCUAAUUCCAGGCAAGGAAAAAUGUCAGUCAUUUAAACCAAAGCAGGGCAGUUUCCUUGCGUGGGUGACUGGAGGGCUGGUGGUUGCAUGUAUCUCCUGCAUGUGACCCUGACGUGGCACCACAGAGUUCUGCUGUGAGGCCCGCGGGAUCAGGAGAGGGGCUGAGGGGAGAAGGUGGCGUGAGGCCUAGGGAACACGAUGCAGGCAGGGGAGAUUAUCUGAAAGCUCAAAGUAAUGGUACUAAACACUCAUCUCCUCAAUCCAACAAGGCCAAUGUUGGGUCUUCCUCUUAGAAGCCUCAUCAUGAUGUCACAGACACCAGCUUGUGUGGGGCUCCCUUGUCCCCUGAACUCAGUCACUUUCCUCACUGUGACCAAUCAUGUCAGCAGGAAUCUCCAAGGUGGCAGGGAUGGACAGCCGGGAACCCCACACGUCUUGGCAAAGCAGGAAGUAGAAAGCAGACAGAAAAUGGGACCAAGCUAUAAAGCCUUAGGGCCCUCCCCUAGGGAUCGACUUCCUCUAGCAAGGGUUACACCCCCAAGUGAAGGCUCCACUACCUUCCAAAAAAAAAAAAAAAAAAAAAAACACGGUGCUGCCAACUGGGGACCAAGUGAGCCUCUGGGGGGUACAUUUCUCAUUUAAACUACUCCACCCCGUUAGGCUCCUUGUGAGAAGCCCUCCGGUUUGAGAAAUUCCCUGUGGUCUCUUUCUCUAUCUAUCAGCCAGAGGCAGGCUUUGAUCACAACAUUCCGAGCUUCCCUUUCUUACUGUCCUGACCUCCCACAGCUCAGCCCCCUGGCCCGUUAAGAUACACUGCUGUCUGCUGGCUAUUUUGCCCUAUGGAAGACUUGGUACUCAGCAUCGUGAACAUGUACGAUAGAAAGGCCAUGUACUGUCUUGUGUCAAUUUGCAUACGAGAACGAAAUUCUUUUUUACAUAAUUAAUGAAACAGCAUAUUUUUUCAUUAGGAAACAGUGGGUAGAUAGUGUUCCUGCUAGUCUCUUUCCAAUUCCUGGUAGCAAAUCAAGAUAAAUAAUGCUUGGUCUCCUUGAGCAAUGCUAAAGUGGAAUUAUAAGAAUGCAGUCACUUAAACGUGCUUUCCUGUUGGA